UUACAACCAAUCUAUUCCAAGGGUUUUAGCAGUAAGCUUCGACUACCGUGAAGGAAGUUCCUGCUCGGACGAACCAUGGUUCGACCAUUUGCGGCGAAGGGGAAGAAGAGAAAGAAGGCGGAGAAAUACGACAGAGACGAAGAUGGCGAGGAAUCCUCCUCUCCUGCCAAGAAAGUUAUGGUGGAGAAUGAACCUGAUGAAGAACCACCCAAGGAGGACUUCCAUGAACUUGAAGGUAUUCCUAUUGUUCCGAAAGACCCCAAGACUGAUAACAAUGCUGGUGUCAUCUUCAUCCUCGAAAGAGCUUCUCUGGAAGUUGCCAAAGUUGGGAAGAAUUACCAGCUGUUGAAUUCUGAUGACCACUCCAAUUAUUUGCGGAGGAAUAAUAGAAAUCCGGGGGAUUAUAGACCUGAUAUCUUGCAUCAAGCUCUUUUGGCGAUUUUCGAUAGCCGAAUUGCAAAGGCUGGGAGAUUGAAAGUUGUUUAUGUGAAAACUGAGAAAGGUUUAUUAAUUGAAAUUAAACCAUACGUUCGUCUUCCAAGGACGCAGAAACGAUUUUAUGGAGUUAUGUUACAAUUGCUACAAAAGUUAAGCAUCACAGCUGCGGGUAAGCGUGAGAAACUCUUUCGGGUGAUAAAGAACCCUGUAACUCAGUACUUACCUGCCAAUUGUCGUAAAAUGGGUUUCUCGCAUAGUUCGGAUAAGUUGGUCAAGAUGCGAAAUUAUCUGGAUGCUGUCAAAGAUGAUGUAGAUCUUGUUUUUGUGGUGGGUGCAAUGGCUCAUGGGAAAAUUGAGACCGAUUACACUGAUGAUCUAUUAGCAAUUUCUGAAUAUCCUCUUAGUGCUAGUUGCUGUAUUGCGGAUAUUUGCAAAGAUUUGGCAGAGAAAUGGAAUGUAGGGUGAACUCUGCUUACAACUCCCCAUCCAUUUAAGCAUCAAAAUCAGUGCUUCAACUAUCCUGUUUCAUAUGUUCAGUUAUUAUUUCAGAAAAUAUCAUCCAGCAGAGUUUUAGUUUAUUAGUGGAAUCAUAAUAGAGCAAUAUUCCAUUUUUCAAAUUAAAAUAUCAAUACCUCGUCUAAAUUUAAUUGAAAGCAUAGAACUUGUAGCUGUAAGAAGUGAUUGCACUGAAUUUUUAGUUUAUUGCGUCAGAGUUCUUUGCUUACGUUGGAAUAUCACGUGUGAAGUAAAAGUUUCAACUUAAUUCAUGUCGAUUCAAUAGGUUGAAAUUGAAAUUGAGGGUAUGUAAAAAUUGAUCCACAAA